UUUCAGAUGAUCUUACGGGUGAUUCUAGCCUUACUCAUCGCCGUCCACUCAAGUUGUCAGGAACAUGGUGCAUUCAAAGUAUUCCGAGUGCUUCCGACCACCAACCAACAGCUUCUCCAAAUGAUUCGACUUUUCGAGACAGCUGACACGGAUCGAGCUGACUUUUGGCAUGCACCAAGUGUGGUUAAUGGCACUGUAGAUAUUAUGGUGGCCCCCGAGCACACUGACCAAUUCCGGCAAUACCUUGAGAAACAUGGAUACACUUUUCAAGUAGCUAUUGAUGAUCUGCAUAAGCUUUUGAUCGAGAAAGAAGGGAAUCUGUCUACACACUCGAAUGAUGAUGCAUUCUUUUUGAAAAGAUUGCAUGAUGAUGUUGGAUUCCACUCGAGACUCAGAAUGGGCGAGUACUACUCCUACUCAGUCCUUUCCACUUGGCUGGAACGAAUAGCCGAGAAUAUGCCAGACAUUGCGAAGCUCAUAAAAGUUGGAACAACCAUCGAGGGACGAGAUAUUCUUGGAUUGAAAUUCGGAAAAGAUACACCUGAUAAGAAGAUUGUUGUGAUUGAUGCUGGAAUUCAUGCGAGAGAGUGGGCUGCAAUUCAUACAGCUUCGUAUUUUAUUAACUUGAUAGUGAACGGCCGAGAAGAGGACCCACAAAUUCAAAACUAUCUUGACAACAUCGUCCUCUACAUUAUUCCAGUGCUGAAUCCAGAUGGCUACGAGUACACAAGAACCGAUAAAACCAAUCCGAGAGCUCGAAUGUGGAGAAAAUCUCGUUCUCCAAAAGCUUGCGCCUUCGACGGAGUACGCAAUUCGUGCUGCAUGGGUGUUGAUCUUAAUCGAAAUUUCGAUUUCCGGUUUUCUGAGAUUGGAGCAUCCAGAUAUCCAUGCUCAGAAAUCUAUCACGGACCAUCAGCCUUCAGUGAGCCUGAAUCUAAAGCAUAUUCCCAAUUCUUGACAUCUCUGAAAGGACGUCUCGAAGCAUAUAUAACCCUUCACUCAUAUUCCCAAUUGUGGAUUUACUCGUAUUCCCACAGAAAAUUCACAUAUGCUCCAGAUAUUGAAGAAACCAGACGAGUGGCUGCAAAAGCUGUGCAAGAGCUCGGAAGAAUGUAUGGAACAAAGUAUAGACAUGGAACCGGACCUGAGAUUAUUUACGCAUUCUCAGGCGGCUCUACCGAUUGGGCAAAAGAGACUCUGAAAAUCAAAUAUUCGUACACAAUUGAGCUGCGUCCUGGCUACGAAGAGUGGAACGGUUUUGUGCUCGACAAGAAUCAACUGAUCCCAACUGCAAAGGAAACUUGGGCAGGUGUCACUGUUGUUCUAGAUGAGGUCACAAAUCAGUGGAAGUCUUCGAGGGCAAUUCGACGUCGAAAUCGCAAAAUCGUGAGCGGACAAACGGCGACCCUGUCGCGAAAAUCCGGGAGAGUGAAUUGAGCCGUUUGCGUCAAGAAAAAUGCUCCGAUCGGCUGCCUGGCUGUGCCUAUUGGUUACAGUCUUCACCUAAUAUUUGCCGUUUUUCCCAAUCAACAAUGGUCCGAGAUUGUGCAAAAACUUGCAAUUUAUGCCAUAUGAUCGCUGUGUAGAAUAUUCGAAUUAUAUCUAUUUAAUUCUUUUCUGACCACAUUGGUUUUGUGUAUAUACCGGUAAAAAAAUUUUUUUCGUCGUUGUUAAUGAAUUUUUAUAUUUUUUUCUCAAAAAAUCACAAAAGUCUGAAUCAAUAUAGUGUA